UGCAUGGAGGGUAUGGUGAGGGGCCCGCUGGGGUGGCGUGGGGAUUCGACAGCGGGGAAAACAAACCGUUUCUGCUCUCCCUCGUCGCCAUCUUCUUCACUCUUCCCUACUUCACACACUGCGCACUCAUCACUUGGUGUCCACUGGAAUUCGGUUCGUCUAUUCCUCCUUCUCCUUUAACGCUUAAGGUUUCGUAUGCAGCGCAGCAGCCAUGGAUAUGCGGAGGCGCAGUUUCACUUCCUCGGAGGAAGAGGAGGAGGAGGAGGAGGAGGAGGAGGAAACUCUGGCUCUGCCUGAGAAGUUCGCCAAUAUCGCUCUCAACUCCGGCCAGAGUAGCUCCUUUGAGCUUCCUCUCCGGCCUAAUGCUCCGGAUUGUGCCUUUUACCUUCGUAACGGUGCCUGCAAAUUCGGCCUCAAUUGCAAAUUCAAUCACCCGAUGAGGAUGCCUGGCCAGGUUGUCGAGGACAACUACAGGGAUGGCUCUCUAGAGAAUUCUCCUCAGAUUGUGUGCAAGUUUUACUUAGAAGCAGGAGAGUGCAAGUAUGGAGAAUCUUGUAGAUACAUACACUCCGAAGGGGAAUCUAAGUUGCAGUUUAACUUCUUAGGUUUGCCAAUACGAUUGGGCAAGAAAGAGUGUCCUUUCUACAUGAGUAAUGGUACAUGUGGAUAUGGGGCUCACUGUGUGUUCCACCAUCCUAAUCCUACCCCUAUGGGAGGACUAAAUCCUUCCUCAACCCUGAAUGAUGAAUCUGUUGGACAAUCACACUGUUCUUUUCGGAAUCUUGAUGCUGCUGAAUCAUUGCCCUUUUCAGGGACAUCACAACUGGAUCUAACAUCAUGGCCACCUGACGCUUUACAUAUGUCGUCUGAUAAAACUCUUUCUUUCCCAAGUUUCAGUUCAUCUCAUAUUUCUUCGCACUCUGAAAGGAAGAACUAUCUGGGCCCUAGUUAUCUCUACCAGAGGUAUGGGCUUUCUCAGUCCGCUCAGGUGUCAAAUGCUUCAGUGAAAAGUAUGGAGAGUUUUGAGCACACCAAGGCUAUGCAGUCUGAAGAAUUUCCUGAAAGACCUGGUCAGCCUGAAUGCGAGUACUUCAUGAAAACUGGGGAAUGCAAAUUUAAGUCUCUAUGUCGGUUUCAUCAUCCCAAGGGCUGGGCUUGGAAGCCAGAUUGUCUGCACAAUGACAAGGGCCUACCUCUGCGACCUUUGCAUGCAAAACACUUGCCUUGUUCCCACACUCCCCCCACUCAGGUGUCAAAUGCUUCAGUGAAAAGUAUAGAGAGUUUUGAUCACACCAAGGCUAUGCAGUCUGAAGAAUUUCCUGAAAGACCUGGUCAGCCUGAAUGCAAAUACUUCAUGAAAGCUGGGGAUUGCAAAUUUAAGUCUCUAUGUCGGUUUCAUCAUCCCAAGGGCUGGGCUCGGAAGCCAGAUUGUUUGCUCAAUGACAAGGGCCUACCUCUGCGACCUGUGUCAAAUGCUUCAGUGAAAAGUAUAGAGAGUUUUGAGCACACCAAGGCUAUCCAGUCUGAAGAAUUUCCUGAAAGACCUGGUCAGCCUGAGUGUGUGUACUACAUGAAAACUGGGCGUUGCAAAUUUAAGUCUCUAUGUCGGUUUCAUCAUCCGGCUCAGAAGCCAGAUUGUCUGCUCAAUGACAAGGGCCUACCUUUGCGACCUGAUGAGCCUAUAUGCCGUAAUUAUCAAUGCUUUGGUAUAUGCAAGUUUGGGAGUACGUGUUUGUUCAACCAUCCGGUUGAUUAUGGCAAAUGGAUCUCUCAACGCUGGCCAAAACCCGACCACGCUACCCUUUGAAGACUAUUAGCUUUUGAAGUGAGAUUGGCUUUAGCUUUCUUUCUUAUCCAAAACAAGAAACCUUCCCCCCCACCCCCUUCCCUCUCCUCCCCUUGAGUGUCUAUUUUAGCAUCAUAGGAAGCCAAACAAAUAGUUAGACCUUUGACAAUUGACAGCAUAUGUUCCCCAGGCAGGAAGUUUCGGGCACAAACUUGAUUUUGUGCUUCUGAGAUUGGACAAAGCAGAGAGGAUUUUUGUAUUCACAGGUAGCAUAAGAGCAUGAAAUGCCAGGAUUUAGAAUAAUUCUUGCCCUU